GUUGUGUACAAAGAAGGCUUAGGGAAGGCAACCCCCACUCCGGUCACUCCAGAGAUGGAGAGAGUCAAACGCAAUCAAGAACACAUUAGCUCGGUUUUGUACAAGGAGCAUCUGGCCAAAGGAACUCCCACGCCGAUGACUCCCGAGAUGGAGAGGGCUAAGCGCAAUCAGGAGAACAUCAGCUCGGUUCUUUAUUCGGAUAGUUUUCGAAAACAAGUGCAAGGCAAAGCUGCGUACGUGCUGGACACGCCCGAAAUGCGGCGCGUGCGAGAGACCCAGAAGCACAUCUCCACAGUGAAAUACCAUGAAGACUUUGAGAAAAACAAAGGCAGUUUCACCCCCGUGGUUACCGACCCCAUUACAGAGCGGGUGAAGAAGAACAUGCAGGACUUCAGCGACAUCAGCUACAGGGGCAUUCAGAGGCGAGUGGUAGAAAUGGAGCGAAAGCGGGUGGACCAGGAUCAGGAGAAUCUCACAGGUCUCCGUGUGUGGCGCACCAAUCCCGGGUCAGUCUUUGACUACGACCCAGCAGAAGACAACAUCCAGUCCAGAAGCCUACACAUGAUCUCUGUCCAGGCGCAGCGCCGCAGCCGGGAGCACUCCCGCUCUGCCAGUGCCUUGAGCCUCAGCGGGGGAGAGGAGAAGUCCGAGCCCUCGGACGGCGUGGAUCAACAUCUGUCCUACUACAGCAGCGGGGGCUUCUUCACCACGACCGCCACAGUGGGCUACAAACACGCUAAAACCGUGGAGUUACCCCAGCAGCGAUCAUCGUCGGUCGCCACCCAGCAAACCACCGUCUCGUCCGUUCCUUCGCAGCCCUCGACGGCUGGCAAGACCUACCGGGCCAUGUACGACUACAUGGCAGCUGACGCUGAUGAGGUGUCCUUCAAGGACGGCGACACCAUCGUAAACGUACAAGCCAUUGACGAAGGUUGGAUGUACGGGACCGUCCAGAGAACCGGCAAGACCGGCAUGCUGCCGGCCAACUACGUGGAAGCCGUCUGA